AUGGGUAUUGUAUGCGUUUGUAUGCGUAGUUCUUUCACCAAGAGAUGGCCGAUCUCGUUCUUGGGCACCAAAUCUGUAGACAUUAGGAAUAGCGACUGCGCUAAUAGUACAAACAUGGAGACCCAGAUAUUUGGAACGAUCAUACCGGGACGGGGCGCACUGGGAAAGCUUGAAGAUUGA